UAAUCUCUUUUUUAUUUUCCCCCAAUUUAUGACGGAAAUCCAUAUAACAUCAUUUUGUCUGUAAUUUAGUAGAAAUGGUGAAAAAACUCUGCCGAUGGAUGUGCCAAAAGACAAUAUACGAUGUCGUUAACCUCAACAUAUGUCUGAAUUGACUCUUCGUCUCCCUCUUGCUUCUCCAUAAUAUUAUUUUUUUUAUUUUUUUAUUUUUUAUUUUCGACCUUUCUCAAUUACCUCGUUCCCUCUUCAAUCAUUCUCAAUUUCCAAUUUUCAACCUAGUUCUUUCUCUCCUUGUCUCUACACAGACUCAGUUGAAUGAAGCAAAUGGAACACGAAAAAGCUCAUAUCUUGGAAGCAAGACCAGUAGAGGAAAUUGAGAUACCGAUUGUCUCUGGCUCAGACAGACUUGAUCUUCUUCUUCCGAUGACAACGAUAUCGUCGUCUUGCAAGAAUUCUGUGUGUCGUUUUUCCAGAAAGGAAAACAGUGCUGGUGCGUCGAAUGACUCGGCGAAGAAACUUUCUUUACUGAUAGUUUUCUAUGCUGUUGUUAUGGUUGUUGAACUUAUUGGGGGAAUGAAAGCUCAGAGCUUGUCUGUUAUCAGUGAUGCUGCACAUUUGCUUUCUGAUAUUGCUGGAUUUGCUAUCUCUCUGUUUGCAGUGUGGGCUUCGGGUUGGGAGGCGACUCCGAGUCAGUCUUUCGGAUAUAAUCGUCUUGAGGUUUUGGGGGCUCUUUUAUCUGUUCAGUUAAUUUGGUUCAUUUCUGGUUUUUUGAUAUAUGAAGCAGUUGGAAGAAUUGUUUAUAGAAAUGCUAGUGUGAAUGGAAAGCUCAUGUUUGCAAUUGCAACAUUUGGUUUUGUUCUUAACUGUAUUAUGGUUUUAUGGCUUGGUCAUGAUCAUAGUCAUCAUCAUGCAUUUGGACAUUCACAUGGUCAUGGUCAUGGUCAUGACCAUGAUCAUCACAAUCAUGGUCAUGAGCAUGAUCAUGACCAUUCUCAUGACCAUCAUCAUCAUGAUCAUAGUCACAGUCAUCAUCAAUGCGGUGGAGACGCGGAUCAUAAUCAUGGGAUGGAGGAACUGUCUAAAAUAACCGAUGAGGAGAAUCUUUCAAUGAUUUCAAAUGGUAAGACGAAAACGAAUGUUUUGAACAUUAAUCUUCAAGGGGCUUAUUUGCAUGUGAUGACGGAUAUGAUUCAAUCUAUUGGAGUGAUGAUUGCCGGAGGAAUAAUAUGGGCUAAACCCGAAUGGUAUAUAGUUGAUCUUCUAUGUACUCUCGUUUUCUCUAUUUUAUCCUUAAGUACUACUCUGACAAUGCUUAAGAGCAUUUUCGGCAUUCUGAUGGAGAGGACGCCGAGUGAAAUUAAUAUCAUUCAGCUGGAAAAUGGUCUUAGAAGUAUCAAGGGAGUGCAGGAGGUUCAUGAUUUGCAUGUUUGGGCUAUAACAGUUGGAAAACUUUUUCUAUCUUGCCAUGUAGUAGCUGAACCCGGCAUCAGUUCCAUUGAUUUGCUUGAUAGGAUUAAACAUUAUUGUGAAAACACUUAUCAAAUACAACAUGUAACCAUUCAAAUUGAAUAAGAGUAUGUUCUUUUCUGUUCAA